AUUCGGUCGGCUAUGAACAUCGGCUCGCUAAUUGAGAAGAGGGACGAAAAUCUCGGGAUCUUUUAAGUCCCCAGAGCUUUAAUUCGAUAAUUUAAAUUAAAAACAGAGAUACUCUACCAAUGAGAAACUUAGUUUUACUUGAGUUUCUGUAGAUUGGAUUCGGGACUAUGAUUGUUCUCAAUAAUUUUCCUACCAAUAAUGAUGCUCUUGGGGAUAAAAAUAUCAAGAAUAUUAAGAUCCCCUCUGAUAAAAGAGAAGAACUCACUAUCAGCCCUCCUAAACUGGGUUUCGAUAGUCAUAACGUCGCAGUGGACAAAAGCAUAGAAUUCUUACAGAAGCAGCACGAAGCCAUGCUAAAAGGCUUGCACAAGGAAAUUGAAUCCUUGAAAAGAAUCAAUAGAGACUUACAAUAUCGUCUGGUGAUGUGUACUUGUCCUGCUGGUUAUUCCGGUGAUAAGUUACCACAAAAUAAAACCAAUGAAGAGAACACCUUAAGACAAGAAAUAUUGAUUUUACAGGAGGAUCUUGAAAAUGAAAAAAAGAAAAAUGCGUGUUUGCUGAAACAACUAGAGAGAUUGAAAGUAUCCCAGAAUCCUGUCAGAGGACUACCAAGAUUCACAUGUAAAAAUGGAAGAUUAUCGAUAUCGUCAGAGCAGAAGAAUGUUUCAGAAAUCGAUGAAAUGUUUCAAAGUUCAAAUAUAAGUCAAACUCAACAUGAUAAUCAUGAAGUCUCGAGGAGAUGUCAAGAUGUUUUGAACAAGAAUACUGAUUUCAUAGCAGAUACAGCCACUGUAAAUAAUGAUCUGAUAACACCUACAACUGGAACGUUAUCAGUCAAUAAACUUAUACCAACUGUUUCUCAUUCAGUUCCGGUUAAAUCAUCAACAACAUUAGAUAUAUCAGAAAAUAAUUUAUUGACAAAACGAACUAUUCUUCAUUCAUCUGAUAGUGAACAUGUUUUUGAAAAACAAGACAAAGAAAUAAUCAAAUCAAAUGAUGAAUUAAUCAGUACACAUGUAUUACCGAUUCGAUUACCUGCAUUAAAUUCUAGAAAACCACUUAUACAAGCUUCAUUGAGUAGUGAACAGUAUAAAACAAAUGCAAACACUAUUAUCAAGCAUUCACCUACACAUAAUUCAUUAAGAAAUGAAAAAACAUUGAAUACUGAAUUAAAUUCAAUCAAAAUAACACGUCCAAUUAAAAGUGCCAUAGGACGCAGUGAUAAUAAUACAACAAAACCAUUGAAACCAUCCAUUCAUAACCCGCAAACUAAACAAACUGAUUUAAAAACCACACAUCAUCAACAAUUACAUGAUUUAAAUUUAAAAAAAGUUACACAAGCUUAUUCAAUUGGAUUAAAACCAUUUUUACCAUCAAUAACUAAAUCAACCGAUUUAAUAAAUCAUCAAAAUGAUCGUCAUCAGAAAAAGUCUACAAAAACUUCACAACGUAAACGUACACAACAAAAUAUUUAUCCAUUCUAACUAAUAAUAAUAAUGACAAUAUUUGAAAAAGAAAAUAACACUUCAUAUUUUAGUUUUCAAUCUUUAUUAGACUGAUUUAUAGAAAAAAAAAGUGGAAGGUGAUUUGUGCAGUGGCAGUUAUUUAUAUCUAUUGAAUAUUGAACGAGAGAUUUUAAUUCUACACAAUUAAUUCACAUUAUUGUGAAUGGAACACAGUCAACUGAACUCUUUAAAUAAAUUUCAAAGAAGAUUUAAAAAUAUUGUAAGUAAACUUUUACUUAUUUAUUUACAUCACAGUUUCAUAAAAAAUUAAAUGAAAAAUGAAAAAUAUUUCUAUUGAUUCAUUUUAUUGUUUGUUUCUUUUUUUACAAAACUUUUGUUCAUUUCUCCUUUUUCGAAAGUAAUCAACCAUUAUUAGAUGUAAUUUUGUUUUAUCCUUAUUUGUUAUGUCUGUGACAACAGCCACAACAACAACAAGAACUGUGAGGGAACAUUCAAAGAUUAAUUUUCAAUAUUAUUUUGCUUGUUUGUUUACUAUCAUAUCAUUCAUUCCUGAUCUUUAUUCAUUAUAGGUGUUUACAUUUUUUUCAAUAUCGGCACUGCUAAAUUAUUCUUUGAUUUGUAAUAAUUUUUUUCAAGUUCAAUACACACCACGUUUCGAGGUAAACAGUGGAUGUUGAUGAACAAUUCCAUUUGUGUUUACAUUUUAACUUUUCAAUAAAUAAAUAAAAAAAAGCAACAACCGAUAUUGUCUUGAGAAUUGAAACAUUUGUUAAUAUUCAUACUAAUAAAUACAACUACUAAUAGUUGAUGAUAAUUAGAUAAUACUUAUGGGAA